AGUACAGUUUUGCAAUUCUAUGGUGGGAUUUUACCAACAUUUGACGCGUACCGGCAAGUGAUCGUGCACUGUAGUUUCUUACAUGCGUUUCUAUCACGAGCAUAUCUUCUCUUUAUCUUUGUAGGAUUUUCAUAUAAUAGCAACCUUUCUCUCAACAAGAAAGAUGCAUCCCGCCAGAUAUAUUACCAUCUUAUUUGUGUUGGUCGUUUUUUCUUCAAUUUCCGUUUUCGGGUUUCCGGACGGAGCGCCCGUAGACACUUGCGUAAAACCACGACCUAAUCAACCUUAUCAUGGCCAAGCGCGAUCGCAGCCUUUAAAUACGAGCCCUUAUAAAAUAUUUGCCUCAUCAUUGCAGUACGAACCAGGUUCCCAAAUCACAGUUUCCAUAGGAGGAGCAUCAUUCCAGGGAUUUUUCCUACAGGCACGUGAUUCUAAUACAAACAAAUGGAUUGGAACAUGGGCACAAACACCGAACACAAAGACGCAUUCUGAAUGCAGCGCUGUGACGCACGCGGAUCCACGCCAAAAAGAACAGGCCACUUUUAUCUGGAAUGCACCGCCGAAUGCGCGUGGUAGUGUUUACUUCACUGGAACUAUAUUGAAGGACUAUGCAACAUUCUGGUCUGAUCUUGUAUCAGAGGUAACGCAAUAAUAAUUCGUGAGCGUACUACUUAUCAGCAUUCUUAGACGUCGACAAAGUGCAUUCGCCAGAAGGAUAGAUUUUCAUCUUUAUAUACAUACUUUAAAAUUAUUUGUUAUGUAUCUUUAUAUACCUUCGAUAUGGUCAAUGUAUAUUUUAUAUGAAUCUUAUAUUUUUUAUACUAUGUAUAAAUGCAAAAGUGUAUAACAUACUGAGCAUCUCAAAUAGUAAACUUAUCGCCAAAAUAAAUGUCAUUUUUAUUG